CACCAGGAAGCGGGAGAGCGCGAGUCCCAGCAACCGUCGGCGGCCUCCCUGCGCGCUCCGGGCUCCGCCAUGCUCGCCCUCCGCAGCGGCCUGAGGAGGGCGCUGGCCCCGCGGGCUCUGGCGCCUCAGGUAUGUUCACCUUUUGCUACUGGCCCCAGGCAAAGUGAUGGAACAUUUUAUGAAUUCCGCACCUAUUUUCUCAAGCCCUCAAAGACUAAUGAGUUCCUGGAAAAUUUUAAAAAAAGUGUCCACCUUCGGACAGCUCACUCUGAAAUGAUUGGAUAUUGGAGUGUAGAAUUUGGAGGCAGAACAAACAAAGUAUUCCAUAUUUGGAAGUAUGAUAAUUUUGCUCAUCGAACUGCAGUCCGCAAAGCUUUGGCCAAUGAUAAGGAAUGGCAAAAAGAAUUCCUUAUCCCAAAUUUGCCUUUCAUUGAGAAACAAGUGAUUGAGAUAACCUACCUGGUACCAUGGUGCAAAUUAGGAACACCUCCCAAGGAAGGAGUCUAUGAACUGGCCACCUUUCAGAUGAAGCCUGGUGGCCCGGCUCUGUGGGGUAAGGCAUUCAAAAGGGCAGUGAAUGCUCACGUUGAUCUUGGCUACUCUACACUGGUUGGUGUUUUCCACACUGAAUACGGAACCCUCAACAGAGUUCACGUUCUGUGGUGGAAUGAGAGUGCAGACAGUCGCGCAGCUGGGAGACAUCUGUCUCAUGAGGAUCCCAGGGUCGUGGCUGCUGUUCGGGAAAGUGUCAGCUACCUAGAGUCUCAGCAGAACAUGUUCCUGAUUCCAGCGUCAUUUUCACCACUGAAGUAGUUUCCUGCCUAGGAUUGAACAUGAGCAUCUGGUCCCAGAUGUGAGGCGUGUUCCUCCAUUCUCCCCAGAGAAUCGUCCUUUUUGUUGUCUGAAGGAGAUGGUGAGUUAGUCCAUUGUGCCCUCUCCAUUUUUAAGGCUGCCUGUGUUAUGUACUAACAGUAGUUCAGGAAAUACUUCUGCUCAUUUUCCCCAUGCCAUUUCAUAUCUACUGGACAUCAGAAAGAGUUGCCAUUACCCCAUGACCAUGGUAAUUCAUUGUUUCACAAUAUCUUCUGUGAUUUUUAUAAUUAAUUGCUAUCUUGUAUUCAAAAAAUUAUUUUGAAAUUUUUGCCUGGAAAUAUUUUAAAAUUAUUUGAUUAAUGCAAUAUCAUUAUUUUUAUGUCUGUUUUAUUAUAUUCAUUUUUUCUGAAACUUAAAAAUAUUUUUUACCCAGUAAUGUUUACUUUGUGGUAUCAAAUGCAAUUGAUACAAAUAUUAAAUCUGGUAUUUGUCUUUAUACUUUAAAGAAAAAUGUAAUAUAUCCUUUGUUUUAAUUAUGGUUUCACAUUAAUUAAAAUCAAAGUUGAAAAAUAAUAUAUUCUUGAGACUUAUUGCUGUAUAAUACCAUUUUAGCGUGCUCUUUUUUAAUUGCUUUUUGCUAUUUUUAACUUUACCUUGAAUCAGUCACAAAGAUUACAAGACAGUUAUUUAUUUCAACAAGGUCUUUAUAAUUAUGAAAAUCAUUGACCUAUUAAAAGCCUGCACAUCCAUUCUGAUUUUUCAAGUGUGUCUUGGAUAAUUACAUCCUCUUCUCUAGAGCUCUUCCUGUGUUGCACAGGCUAAUGACACCAUAAUAAUGUGGCAGCUUCCUAGUAAGUGUUGUUAGACCGCAGAACACAGCACAUGGCCUGUCUGAGGCGCCUUCUUUAACACUGCCAUCUCAGUGUCUGCAGAAUGAGAUGGUGCUCGCGAAGGCAGGUUCUACAGCUUCCACAGUCAUCGCAACACUCUUCAGACAGGGUUCAAAGCAUUGGAGCAUUUAUGUGAAAUAGCUGGAGCUUGAUGUCUGCCUCACAGACACACAAACUGACAAGAGAUAAAAUUAAGCCAGUCUCAGAUAACUGUAAGUCUCAGAAAGACAAAUACCAUGUUCUUUCUCAUAUGUGGUUCCUAGAUUUUCUGUAUAUGUAAUAUCAUGUAUGUGUGUAUGAAAUGAAAAUAAGAACAAAAUUGUGUGGUAACAGAGGGGACUGAUGGGAGCAGAGAAGGGGAAAAGGCAAAAAGAGGAGGAGAACAUAACUCAAUGUACAAUAUGUGCUUGUGUGAAAUUUUCCUUAAGUAACACAAUAUCCUAUAUGGAGAAUGUAUACAAUGAAUGUUGUAGUUGUCAAAUAAACAAACUUUUUAAUUUGAUUAAAAUUUAAAGUAUAUUAUAAAACAUUUUUAACAUGAUAUUUUUAUUGACUAUUUGGGAAUUUUGCACAAUGCAACUUUAUCACACUCACUUCCCAGUCCUCCCAAGUCCACCCUCCUAUGCUUGUACACUCUGCAGAAAAAGGAGAAAAAGAAAAAUGACAAAAAAUACACCAAGUCCAAUCUGUGUUGUCCGUAUAGUCACUGGAGCUUGGUCAGACUCAAAGUGGCCAGCCCCUUAAAGAUAACUGAGUCUUCCUCACCUCUAUCCCCUCCCCCACACCAUGAACUGUGAGGAGCUAUACUUCAUCAUCCAUGCCACAAUUUUUAAGGACACUCUUCAUGGCUUCUUGUCUGUUCUGUUUGUUUGGGGGGUUGGAGGAAGGGGGAAGUUGUCACAGACCACAGACACCAGCAUGGCCUCCGGAGGUAACAUGGACAGUGAAUGGCAGCAUGGCCCCAGUGGCAGCAUCAGCCAUGGAUAUGGACACCACAUGGCCUCCAGCAGCAGUACCCACCGUGGAGAUCUUUCAGAUAGGCCAAUCCAGAAAACUAGCUGUUCUCCAUCUAGAAUAUGCUGUCCUGGCUCAGAGCCAGGGCAGCCUUGCUAUUGGAUAGCACGUUAUGGGGCUGAGUCUGCGCAAGCUCUGUCCAUCCUCCUCAGCAAGACAUGUUCCUGAUCCACCACAGCUAUGUUCACACGCUGGUGCACGAGCCGCCGCAAGUCCACCUCUCUCUUCCACAAUCCUGCUGCUCCAUUUGCCAUCAGAAUAGGAUUAGCUCAUCACUCCUGGAAAUUCCCAACUCCCUUUAAAAGGCCUGCACACCUUUGUCUGGGAUCGCCAUUUUCUAGAAUGGUUGACUCCUGCAUGCUGGAACAUGUCGCUUAAUAAAAUCUGCUCUUGUCUUUGCAUGUUC